AUGGAUGUCAAAUGCGCUUUCUUGAAUGGAGAACUAGAAGAAACAGUGUAUGUUGAGCAACCUCCCGGGUUCGUGAACGAGAAAUUCCCUGAUCAUUGCUAUGUGCUGGAUAAAGCGGUAUAUGGUUUGAAGCAAGCACCGAGAGCCUGGUUUCAAGCUAAUCCAAGAGAACCUCACAUGGUGGCAGUGAAAAAUAUCUUCCGUUACCUAAAGCGAACCUCAUCUCUCGGUCUCUGGUAUCCUGCUAGAUCUGGAUUCUUCAUUCAAGCCUUUUCUGAUGCUGAUCUUGGAGGAUGUUGUCUGGACCGAAAGAGCACUACAGCCGAAGCUGAGUACAUAGCUGCAGCAUCUUGUACUUCUCAAGUCAUAUGGAUUCAAAGUCAACUAAGAGAUUAUGGGAUGAGUAUGAAGAAGAUUCCUCUCUAUUGUGACUCAGAAAGUGCAAUAAGGAUUUGUCACAAUCCAGUACAACACUCAAAGACUAAGCACAUUGCACUUAGAUAUCAUUUCAUCAAGGAUCAUGUAGAAGAUGGGAACGUAGAAGUGCAUUUUGUUCGAUCCUCUGAUCAACUGGCUGACAUAUUCACUAAAGCCUUACCUGAAGCGAGUUUCAAUAAAAUUUUACAAGGCCUAGGAAUGAUGGAAGCAGAGUCGGUACCGAAUCCUUAA